GGCCUUCCUUCACGUGAUCUCCCUCCUUUUUUCUUCUGUUUCAGAUUAUCACCAUGGAAGCCAAAAAACAAGCAACUUCCUCUUCUUCUUCUUCUUCAUUGGCUACUGAUCUUUUCGGACCAAAAGAUUCAUCGUCUUCAUCUUCAUCUGCUCUGUUUGAUUCCAUGUUUCCCCCACCUUCAAAGGCUUAUAAAAGGGAAGAUAUUAGCUAUGAACAACCCAAGAAGAACUAUGAAUCUACCCCCAAACGAGAUUGUUUGGAUAAGGAAGACAAAUGCCAGAACUCGAAGAUGAUCGAUUUGAGCGCGUAUUAUGAGCAGGAGGUAUCACAACCGUGUACUCUUAGCUCCUCGUUACACUAUGGUGGUCAAGACAUCUACAUUAAUCCUCAUACUACCAAAAACACCCCUGGGCCUGGACAGUACUCAACACAAAAUUACAGCAAUAAUAUUGGAGAAGAUGAUGGGUUUGCUACGAGAGGAAACUGGUGGCAGGGAUCAUUAUAUUAUUAAGCGAGCACAAAUCAGCUACAUAGCAAAAGAAAUUGACCUUAGUAGCUAGGAUGUUUUAGAGCUGGAGUAAAAGGAUAACUGGAUAGGAAAAAUGGUCUGUACUUAAAUAAAGUAAUUGCUUGUUUGAAGGAGUAUAUGUGACUUGAAACUUAAUGUUGCCUUUAUAUUUCUAGCUUACUGUUUUAUAAGUUGUUUGGCCUUGUGCUCUUUUAUAUAUAUUGAAUCUUUUUCUA